AUGAGUGACACUCAAGACUUGGCCACUGUUCCCGUGGUUGCCACCCAGGUGAAGCUGGGGGGCUGGAGCCGUCAAGGUGGGGGGAGUGGGUCUGUCCAUCAGCGCCGGCACCAGGAGCUCCAGGCCUUUCUCAGCCUGCUGGAGCACAGUUUCCUCCAGGAAUUCCUUUCCAAAGAUCCCUGUUUCCAGAUUUCGGAUAAGUAUCUUCUGGCCAUGGUGCUGGUCUACUUCCGGCGUGCCAACCUGAAGCUCAGCGAGUACACCCACAGCAACUUGUUUCUGGCUCUGUUUCUCGCCAAUGACAUGGAGGAGGAUGUAGAGGACCCCAAAUGUGUGAUUUUUCUGUGGGCCCUGGGAAAAGAUUGGCAUCUCCGGGUGUCAGACUUCCUGCAUCAAAGGGAUAAUCUGUGGGCCCGGAUGGGCUUCCGGGCCAUGGUGAGCCGCGAGUGCUGUGAGGAGGUCAUGGCCAAGGAGCGGUCCCACUGGGCCUGGACUCGAGAGCGGCGCCCCCAGCAUGGUGGGGCUCAGAGGGGUCCAAAGGCCCGGGUCCCCCUCCCCGGGCCCCCCAGCCUCUCGCCACCUCACUGUUCCCUCUGUGGCUGGCCCCCUUCCCACAGCCACUGCCACCACCAGCCCCGCCCCUUGCCUGUCUUAACCAAGUGCCCUUCCCCAACCCCUGACUGGCAUUGCCCUCCCCUCCAAGCUUGUCUCUCAGUGGCUGAAGACUCCUUGGUGGGGGGCUUCCUUAUCAUCCCGCCCCCUCAACUGCAACUGGAGCCAGGCACCUACAGUCUCCACACUGUGUGCACUUGGGUGAAGAGUAGCCCACCUGCUCACCUGCUGACCCAAGCCCCACUGGCUGCGCCCCCCCCGCCCCCGGCCUUCUGCAUUAUUGCCAUCAGGCUGGCAGAGCUGCCCAGGCCCCCUGUCACCUCCUCCCAAAUGUACCCACUCUGA